AUGCCGAUCUGGGUCCAAAACACAUUUGCUUUCCUACAACAUGAACACACAUCCUUCACCAACACAACUCUUAUCUUAACCACCAAGAACUUAGACAGAGGUUUGUGGACGGUGAACUCAAUGGGGCGUUUGGGAAAUCAGAUGGGAGAAUACGCCACCCUCUAUGCCUUAGCCAAGCUUAACGGCCAUCAAGCCGCCAUCCUUCCAGGUAUGCAUCGUUAUCUAGCACCGAUAUUUCGGAUCACUUUGCCUGUGAUCCAUUCCAAAAUGGUGGGCAAGAUCCCUUGGAGGAACUACCAUCGCAACGAUUGGAUGUCUGACGAGUAUCGGCACAUCCAAGGCAGCUUCGUGAAGCUGACGGGUUAUCCCUGUUCUUUCACUUUUUAUCACCACAUCCGCCAGGAGAUACUCCAGGAGUUCACCUUCCAUGACUAUCUCAAAAAGGACGCCAAUACAAAACUUUUGCAGAUGCGGGGGCGGCGCGAGACGGUAACGUAUGUCGGCAUUCACGUCCGGAGGGGGGAUUACGUGCGUAUGAUGCCCAAUAUCUGGAAAGGUGUCGUGGCGGACAAAGGUUACCUGGAAAAAGCCAUGGAUUACUUCAGAGAGAAGUACCACGAUGCUGUCUUUGUGGUAGUUAGCAACGGGAUGGCUUGGUGCAAGGAAAACAUCGAUGCUUCCAGGGGGGACGUUUACUUUUCUGAUGAUGGGCGAGAGUCGUCGCCAGGGUGGGAUUUUGCUCUCAUUGCUCAUUGCAACCAUACAAUAAUGACCAUUGGGACCUUUGGCAUCUGGGCUGGUUACCUGGCUGGUGGAGAAACAGUUUACUUGGCCAAUUACACCCUCCCGGACUCACCGUUCCUCAAAAUCUUUAAGCCGUCUGCAGCAUUCCUGCCCGAAUGGACUGGGAUCCCAGCUGACCUCUCUCCUUUGCUACCCAAAUCAUAA